CGUCGAAAACAAGCGCCUAGUAGCCAUGCUGUGCAGACAAACUCGAAAUAUUGAAAGAAACCGAGCGCAAGACGAAGUUAUCCGGGUGCUUUAUUCUGCGCAUGCCCAGUCUACAGUAUGGACGGACAAGCAUUUAAGCUUAUAUCUGAACGAUUUGCUCCUCAGGAGGUAUCUUUGAUGGAAUGGUCGCCCCGCAUGGACUUAAUAGCCCUUGGUUUGGUCACCGGUGAGGUGUGUGUUUAUCGCCUGUCGUGGAUUCGGGUGUGGAGCAUGGACGCAUGCGCAAGUCGCGGCAACACAGCAACAGCAGUUACCUGGCGUCCCGAUGGCAAGGCUCUAGCAGUAGGCUGGACAGACAGAGUGAUAACAUUUCACGAAAUAGAAGACGCCAAGAAAUUUCAUGAGUUCAAACUCUCUUCGUCAGUCACGUGCAUGACAUGGAUGGACACACCCCUCACAGAUUUUAACACAAGCUUGCCGUUCAGCUACUGUGACAAGAGUGAAGAGAUGAUCAAAGACUUGCCUGCGUUGCCUGGCGAAGUAACUCGAGACGACGGCACGGACGCUCGUUGGCAAUCUGCAACAGCGAAACUUGUUCGGAACAGUGAUGAUUGUUUGGAUGUACUUUUAGUUGGGAAUGAAAGUGGAACGGUCCACGUCUUUCUUAGAGGAAUGUUGCUAAUUGGAUCUUUUCCAGUUGUUGAGGAAUUGCUUCUCGGGUCAGUGCGGACGUCUCCAGUUGUGUCUAUUUGCUUGUCGAAAGCUCUUGGAGUACUCAGUGCUGUGCUUGUCGAACAGAACGAAAAAGAGUCUAGUUGCUGUAUACGCUUCACGCAGCUGAAGGGAAGCCUGAUGUUGUCCCGACGUCGAGAACUGUGUCAUUUAUCUAGAUGCUUUGUUCACGUCACUGCCGUGCUUGAAUAUAUGAGCAAUGUGGUGGAAGCUAUGUCAGAUGCGUGGGACAGCAUUGUGCUAGAAAUAGAUUCGAAACUGAGCGGGUUUGCUAGUAAACUGCCGUCUGGGCAGUCUGUGCAAGACGAAUUUCUUGCCCUUCUUACUUGCGGUUCGGUGAGUCUUGAGUUGCAGUCGUUCCUUUUGGUCGAUCUUACGGAAAAGGGAUUGAAGAAACUGGGCAAAUCCAUUCAGUCGUCGUACUCUACAAUAUUGAAUUAUGCAACGACUAAUCUCACGUCUGCGUGUCAUCUCUUGAUUAUCAGGCUUAGUCAUCUGCUGGGAAUGGCAGGAUGGCAAGAUCGUUUUGGCGUUUUAGGUCUAUCGAAGCAAUUAGUAGAAAGCUGUUUACACCAAGCUGGUUCGUUUGCUCUCAAGGUUGAAGAACUUAGUCUCGUUAUUAGAACAUCCAUGAAAAAUCUAGACGGCUUUCUUCGAGUUCUCUAUCGUGCCAUUUUGAUUCUUCAAGAUCCGAAUCAAGAAAUGCCGAACGUAGUUCAAUUGUCUCACGAUCGUGUGCUGCAGGUUGCAGACUUUUUACUGCAACUUAAACCGAAGACGAUGGCUGAUGGGACAGCUACACAUUUCAAUCUAGAACGAGUGAGUCAAUAUUUGGAAAAUAAAGACUUAAGUAUGCUGCCAGAGACAAAGCCAAGUUGUUGGACUGAGUUUAUGAAGGGUAAAGAGGCGAGUGGAGUGGGAGACUUUGUGUUUCAGUCAUACGAUAGAAAGUCUCUAAUCCAGAUGCUGCAUGCACUUUAUGCUAGCGCAGAUGUCAUGUUCAAACACUGUUCGGUAGUUGUUAGUCAGUCGAUGGAGCUGAUCCGAUCACAGUCUUUAAUGUGCGUGCCGAAGAAAGAUAUAAGCAACAUUAACAGACUGGCGUCUUCAUUUUCGUCAAGUGAAGGUGACAUGAUAAUGAUUGUUGAACCUAUGGAUCAAGAAAAGGCUUUGAUUCUAAGAUUGUCUGAACAAUCCGUAAGUCCACAAUAUUGUUUAUUGAAAGUCGAAAGUGUAGACAAAAGUGAAUACGCAGACGCAUCGUGUCAAAAGAUUGUCAGUGCAAUGUUCUACAACAGCAACACAUUGGCGAUGCUCUUGGAAUCAUCAGAUGCUGAUGGACCUCAAUUAUACUCCAUGGUCUUCGUACCAACUAAUUCGCUUGUAGGGCAGUCAUUAAUCGAGUCUGCUCCAGAUAUGUCCACGGCUAUAGAUGUCAGUGAAUUGAUCCACCAAUCCAGAACACUGCCUAGAACUGGAUUCCAGGCUCUCUGUGUAACAGGUCUACGUCGAGUGGCCGUUGUACUCUCAGCAAGUGGAAGACGCGUAAUGCUCUUUGACAUGGAAGUUGAUGAUUCUGACUCAGACGAAGGAGAUGACGGAAACUAACGUAGCAAAUAAAUAUAGAGUAAUAGACGUAGAUUUCAACUGGU